AGGCCCGAACCCGGCCCAGCAGGCUAGAGCGCGUCCGUGUUGUGUGUGCUAUGGACUCAGCCCAGUAAUAUUGACAAUAGGGCGAAAAAGGGACCGAUAUUCCCUAAUAAAACACAUUUUCUGGAUUAAAAUAACAUAUAAGUGCGGUGUGUGGAUAUAAAGAGAUACCCGGGGAUGUUCGUAUUUCUGCUGGAGCCUUUUCUAUCGUCGGAAAUUUGAGUGUUUGGUGGGAUUAUUGCUGUGGGUUUGGCAAUUUUAAAGGCCAAAAACAGAUUUUGUGUAUUUCUUUUUCUUUUUCUGCUGCUUCAAGAAGCCUGGAAGAAGGAAAGACGGUAAAAAACACCCAAAUCAGCUCUUCACAUCGAAAACAUCAAGGGCUAUGUCCUCCGCAGCCACCACGCCUCCAUCAGUGGAUAAAGUAGACGGAUUUUCCCGGAAGUCUGUCCGGAAAGCCAAGCAGAAACGUUCUCAGAGUUCCUCACAGUUCCGCUCUCAGGGCAAACCAAUCGAACUCACGCCUCUUCCCCUGCUCAAAGACGUCUCUGCUCAGGAGCAGCCGGAAUUGUUCCUGAAGAAACUUCAGCAGUGUUGUGCUGUGUUUGAUUUCAUGGACACUCUGUCAGACCUGAAGAUGAAAGAAUACAAGCGCUCAACCCUCAAUGAACUCGUCGAUUAUGUUACAGUCAGCCGAGGAUACCUCACAGAACAGGCCUACCCAGAGGUCGUCAAAAUGGUGUCCUAUAAUAUAUUCCGAACUCUUCCGCCCAGUGACAGUAAUGAGUUUGACCCAGAGGAGGAUGAACCCACUCUAGAGGCUUCAUGGCCACAUUUACAGCUGGUGUAUGAGUUCUUCAUUCGUUUUUUGGAGAGUCAGGAGUUCCAACCCAGCAUUGCGAAAAAGUACAUAGACCAGAAAUUUGUCUUACAGCUGCUGGAGUUGUUUGACAGCGAGGACCCACGGGAGAGAGAUUACCUGAAGACAGUCUUACACAGAAUCUACGGAAAAUUCCUGGGACUAAGAGCUUUUAUACGAAAACAGAUUAAUAAUAUUUUUCUACGUUUUGUUUAUGAAACUGAGCACUUCAAUGGAGUUGCAGAAUUGUUGGAGAUUUUGGGAAGCAUCAUCAAUGGCUUCGCUCUGCCGCUGAAGGCUGAGCACAAACAGUUUCUGGUGAAAGUUUUGAUUCCUCUUCACACCGUCAGAAGCCUCUCACUUUUCCACGCACAGGUACUGCCUAUGUUAAAACAUCCAGAUGAUUAUUAUGUGUUCACUUCCUGUUUAUCCUGUCCAGUGACAUUACUGUUGUUUUUGCAGCUGGCGUAUUGUAUUGUACAGUUCCUAGAAAAAGACCCUGCAUUAACAGAACCAGUUAUCAGAGGUCUGCUGAAAUUCUGGCCUAAAACCUGUAGUCAGAAAGAGGUCAUGUUCCUAGGUGAGUUGGAGGAGAUUCUGGAUGUGAUUGAGCCCACACAGUUUGUGAAGAUCCAGGAGCCUCUCUUCAGACAGAUCUCCAAAUGUGUCUCCAGCCCUCAUUUUCAGGUGGCUGAGAGAGCUCUGUACUACUGGAAUAAUGAGUACAUCAUGAGUCUGAUUGAGGAGAACUCCAAUGUGAUUCUUCCUAUAAUGUUCACAAGUCUGUACAGGAUCUCCAAAGAACACUGGAACCCGGCCAUAGUAGCUUUAGUCUAUAAUGUUCUCAAGGCCUUCAUGGAAAUGAACAGUACUUUGUUUGAUGAACUCACGUCCACUUACAAGUCAGAUCGUCAGAGAGAGAAGAAAAAAGAGAAGGAGAGAGAGGAGCUGUGGAAAAGGUUGGAGGAUCUGGAGUUAAAGAGAAGCCUCCAGAGCGACGGAAUUAUUCCCACUUAACGACGCGCCUCUCCUGGACCGCUUUUUUCCAACGCCUCCACCAUGUGCUCGGGAACGUUGGCCACAUUUUUUUUCCUUUCUGUAUUUGUGCGACUUACUUUACCGUAGAUUCACCUCAUCAGUCUCAUUAUUUCAAAAGCACUGUAAAUAAGUUUAUUUUAUCUUCUUUUUUUUUCCCCCUUAAAAAUAUUAUGCCGAUAAAGAACGUGACUAGAAAAGGAAAUUAAAAAAUUUAAAUAAGCAAAAAAACAACUAAAAAAAAGAGAAACCCGCACUGGAGGGGGAAGGAUUUUGAACAGACAGUAGGACUGAAAUGAAUGACUGCUGUAAAGAAAAUCAAACAGAGAAUCUGAACCCACCGAUCUGACAUACCUCGACCAUCAUUACUGACCAACACCAGCCCAAUUUGCUCUCUUUCCUCACUUGCCCCCUCUCUAUGUCCCUUACUCCUCCCUGAUUUUUCUUUUCUCUUUAUGUCUCUGAAUUGGAUCAACAUUUGCCACCUGUGUGUCCUGAAUAUCUGAAACCUGACUCGUCUUUCCAUUAACAUCUGGAUAAGCGCAGCAGGUCUGGAUUGUAGACGUCUUGAGGGGUUGCAGAGGACACUAUGCAGUAUCCAGCAAAGAAGAGGAAGUCAUAAAUACCCACCAGCUCUUGUUUUUCCCCCCUUUUCCAUUUUUUUUCUGUCCAAAUGUGCCACCCAGUACACUCAUUUGGACUCUUUAGCACCAGUCCGGUACUGGUACCAGAAAAUGGGACAUACACACAUCUGAACGGGUUUCCAGAAUUCCAGCAGCAAAACUAGAUAUGCUUGUCAUGAGAAAUCGAACUGCACGUGCACACACACAUUCUGCAUUCGAGUGUGUGAGGGAGUUUCUUACAGUGUUAAGUACCUGUAUACUGUAUCUGAAUGCAGUACUUUGAUACUCUGUAUCUAGUAGAACCUUUAGCGUAUUUUUCUUUAGGAGAAUCCAGUAUAUGAUGAGGAAAGAUUGAACAUAGCCUCUUGGGGUUUCUUUUCUUUCUUUCUUGGGUUUCACUUCUAAUUUGUUUUGGGUUUAUUUUAUUUUUUUUGUCUGCAAUUUUUUUUUUUGACCAAGUGGAAUUUGUUCUUUCUUCCUUUUUUUUUACUUAGUUGCUGAUUGGGGGGAGUGAGAGGGGGAUUGUGGAGGACUGAUGCUGUGGUGAGCUUUGUCAGAAUUGAACCUGUGCUUUAGAAAGCCCCAGACAUCAAACGAUUACAAAAGUUAAAAAGGGUCGGAUAAAUACAAAUGUUUAAUUAUUUUAAAAAAUAAAGAGAUAUUAAAUUAAACCUGUUUUGUGAUAAAGAUGAAAUGCACAUUGCCUUAUUUGUGGCGCGUGUGAGCGGAUGAAAGUGUAAAGGAGAGGUAUCUGUAUUGACCACCAUGUGCCAUGUGAAAACACUUUUUACAUAGGCAAUUAUUGCAUCUUAAAAUUGUAAAAUGGUUCCAGUUUUUUUUUGAGUGGUAAAACUGAAUCAUUUUCAUGACCUUUGGUUUUAUUAACUGUUCCAUUCUUUUAAGUUGGAUCAUUUCAAUGAAUCAACUUCACAAAUCCAGUCUGAACCUGGCCACUAUGAAUACAAUUUUGUUGCACAAUCUUUGUAAUGAUUUUUCAAACUUUCUCCUUUUGUUUUCUGCAGGGUAAACACAGUGCAUAGCUUGAAUUUAGAAUGACUAGAGGGUGAAUAAAUAAGAGUAUGUUUGUUUUCAGUUGACCCUUACUUUAAAAAAGUGUGACUGACCAAUUGUUUAUAGGACCAUGUGUAGUGUGUUUGUAAAUUCAGUAUUACUCUCUUUCCAGCCCUUUACUCACCAGUACCAAAUUCUUCCACAAGAGUGCAACAGAGCUCAACAUUAAAAAUUUUCAAACCA